GAUUACCACAACAACAAGCGGGAGGUGUAAAUAAAACGACUCUCAGUUAGUUUGCAAUGUAUUUUGUUUAAUGUUUAUUUCGCAAAUGCGGGGAAGAUACCAGGGACUAUCAGCAAAAGACGUGUCAGGGUCAUCUGAAUGAAAGAUAGUGCUUUGUUAUUGUCGUUAAGUAAUUAAAUAGCUUUAGCACGAUAGCACCAUGGCCAAUCCCGCGAGCGCAAACAUGAAUGCUGUCCGGGAGACUAUGGAUGUUCUCCUGGAGAUAUCAAGGCUUCUGAAUACAGGAUUGGACAUGGAGUCCUUGUCGAUAUGUGUCCGUCUCUGUGAGCAAGGGAUCAAUCCCGAAGCCCUGUCAUCAGUCAUCAAAGAGCUCAGAAGAGCCUCUGACUCGUUAAAGGCUUCUGAAAACAGCACUAGUCAAGGAUGAGUCUAAAAUUCAUCUCUGACAAAGCAGUUUAAGAAAAAACUGCAUGAUACACUGUAUAUAAGCAUAUACCUAUGAUUAAUGUGUGAAAGUAGUUGGUUUUGCCUUGUUUGGCCUACUUUCAUGUGCCUCAGUAUGUACAGUUGGACUGUUCAAGCAUUUUGCCUUAUCUUUUUGUCCAUUUAACGUUGUGUAUACAAAUAACUAUAAUGCAUUUUUUGUUGGGUUUUGCUGCAGGUUAAGUCAGUAAAAUGUUGUUGUUUUUUUACCCUAACUGUAUGAAACAUGCUCUUUUUAUUGAUAUGGUCUCUGGCUGACCCCUCAAAGGCAUUUUAUCUGUACAGCCAUGUGCAUUUGUGUAUUUCAUCCACACGAUGGCGACAUCAGUGCAUUUAUAGUUAAUUAAUUGACUGCUUGUGCUUUGUAUUGUAACGUAGCAUUGUAAUAUCAAUCUUUUAAGAUGUCUUUCUUUAUUUUAAACAUUUGUACUAAACGUCAUGGCCAAA